UCUUCAGUCGCUGUAGUAACGUCCGCGGAGCUCGUACGCAGCGCAGCUGUUCUCCGAGAGAAAACCCACAAACCGACGCCGCUCAGUUUACACGCGUGGAUUUCCCACCUCCGCGGCUGUGGGUCGUUUUAGGAGCUGAAACCGGCCGCUGGAUCGGGAUGCUACUAACUCCCCGAGUGGAGAGAAAUAAGUUUUUGUUUCUGGAGAGAAGAAAUGGAUAGUUUGUGUUGUUAAACUGGAAGGAUACACUGGAAGGUUCGGGUUUUCUGGAGCUUUUGUCGGAGGGAGACACCAGAGAAGAGGCGGCUCGGUGUCCACCUGACCUCCUGGAAAAUAACACGGCAGCUUGACACUGAGAGCCUUAUGCGUGGCCCAUUAAGCUCUCCAGCUCUCUGCGACGCCGUUUCUGCGUGUAAACUGAAGUUUACAGCUUAGGUUGAAUUCAAAAUAUUUUCUGAUAUUGAAAUAGUCGGAAAAAACUUUUAUCGCUUCAUCUCUGUCAGAACCGGAUCUUAUGGGGAUUAUUGGAUUUCUCCGGCGCCCCUGAUGCCUCGAACCGUUCCGAUCCCGCUCCUCCAGCCAGGAAUGCCUGCCCUCUAACCCCCCGCACCGCACCGCUGUGGGGCCGUGUCCCGGUCCUGCCGCCAGGAUGAGCAGCACCGACCUGGAGCGCAUGUCGCUCAGCUCCUCGGCCAACUCGGUGGCUUCCAGCGCCCGCACGCUGUCGGCCAACGUGCGGAAGCUGCACAACGCGCUCAACCUCCUGCUCAGCGACUUCGAGAGGGAGCAGUUCAUCCACUGCCUCAACGUCUACCACUCCAAGCGCAACGUGUACGACCUGGUGCAGACCCUCAACGUGAUCCUCAACGCGCCCAGCAAGCGGCAACUGCUGCCCAUGCUGCGGCUGGUGAUCCCCCGCUCCGACCAGCUCCUCUUCGAGCAGUACACCUCGGAGGGGCUUUACUUAAAGUCGGAUUUAGUUGCAAACAACGGCCACGCCGAACCCCCGCCGGGAGACUUCCCCAGCGCCAGCCCGACGCCCCCCGGGAACCUGUCGCCGAACAACCACCCCGAGUUCCAGGUGGCACUGCGGGGAUCCCCGGACAGCUUCAGCACCAGCAGCAACGGGACAGCUCCGCUGGUGCCUCUGCUGGGCCGGAACUUCAUCCAUGAGCCGCCCGGGGAGCUGCGUCAGGUCAACAUGAAGCGUCACAAGAGCAACGAGGGCCUGGGCUUCAGCAUCCGCGGCGGCUCGGAGCACGGAGUCGGGAUCUACGUGUCCCUGGUGGAGCCCGGGAGCCUGGCGGAGAAACAGGGGCUCCGGAUCGGUGAUCAGAUCAUGAAAGUUAACGACAAAGUUUUCGACAAAGUCACCCACGCUGAAGCAGUGAAGGUGCUGAAGGGCAGCAAGAAGCUGAGUCUCUCAGUGCGUUCAGUAGGUCGGAUCCCCGGUGGCUACGUCACCAACCACAUCUAUACCUGGGUGGAUCCUCAGGGUCGGAGCGUGUCCCCUCCUCCUGAUCUGCCCGAGCAUCGGAGCGCCACGCUCAGAAGAACCGACAGCCAGCGACGCAGUAACAUGCAGCUCCUUCAGGAGGGCGACGAAAAGAAGGUGAACCUGGUUCUGGAUGACGGACGGUCUCUGGGUCUGAUGAUCAGGGGGGGAGCUGAAUACGCUCUGGGAAUUUACAUCACCGGAGUGGACAAGGGAUCAGCAGCAGAGUACGGAGGACUCAAGGUCGGCGACCAGAUCCUGGAGGUGAACGGCCACAACUUCCUGAGCAUCCCGCACGACGAGGCCGUCAGGGUCCUGAAGUCCUCGCAGCACCUCAUGAUGACGGUGAAGGAUGUGGGACGCCUGCCGCACGCCAGAACGGUGGUGGGGGAGACCAAAUGGAUCGCCAGCUCGCAGAUCGCAGAGAGCUCUGCCAACAGCAGCGUGGCGAGCUUCUCUGUGGACCAAGGAGCUUCUGCAGCAGGAAAGCCCGGGUUUUAUAAAGGACUGGCAGGCUCGCAAGUGACCCUGUCCAGUCUAGUCAACCAAUCCCGUGCCAUGCUGGAGGAGCAGGCGCGCCACCUGCUGACCGAGGCCGAGCGUCAGACGAUGAGCUACUAUGUGGAGGAGUACAGGGACGGACACAUCGGCAUAGAGCAGCUGGUCAUGGCGCUGUUUGAGCUGCUCAACACGCAUGCAAAGUUUUCCCUUCUGUCAGAGGUGCGAGGCCUGAUCGCCCCGCAGGACCUGGAGCGCUUCGAUGGGCUGGUGCUCCGACGGGAGAUUCAAGCCCUCAAGUCACGUCAGGGGACAGCAGGGGCCACAAACAUGCAGCCGGACUGCCUGUCCAUGGUGUCGUAUCCAGACACGCUGACAUCAUCAUCAGCCAGCUUCAUGACCAACACAACGCUCAGCUCUGCACGGGAAAGGCUGCUGUGGCUGAUAGACAUGAUGGAGAACGACAGUGUGGCGGAAAGUAAUGAGGGGGAUCCUCCGGAGAGCCUGAACACGCUGCUGACUGACAUCUCUCUGGAUGACGUUCAGUCCACCACAGCAGAGUCCCCCCCUUCCUUCAAGCCUCCGCCCCCUCCAGGGGUGCAGAGGCGUCCAGGCAGACGAGAUGUUCUCAUCAAGUGCCCCUCAUCCGAAUCCUCCCAAUCAGGGUUGUACUUCACAGCCCCGAGCUCUCACAGCCACAGCAGAGAGCCAGCAAAUACAACUGCCUCACCUUCGCUGCGCCACAAACAGGACCCUUCCCGCGACUAUGCUGCUAUCAAAAAGAAAAAUCCCUCGUCACUGCCCAAGAAAGAGAAAAUAAUCUCCACUCAGUUGGCCACUGUCUCCCAGCAUAACAUUGGCCCCUUCCCCAGGGUCCAGUCCCCCAGCAGAGGCCCCAAACCCGCUGCCCCUUCCCCUUCUCCCCCACCACCACCUCCACCGCCACUUCCUGCCCCACCCCCGCCUCCCUUGCUUCCCUCUAAGCCAGUGUCCUUGUCCAAAGCCUCCCUAGGCCCGUCUCCUGCCUCUAAACAGCAGUUUGUAACAGUGGAGGUCCACAGUCCCAACGCAGAACCAGAUGUCAACGAGGUGCGACCGUUGCCCCAGGCUCGAGGCGGUGCCCUGUCUCAGCUGUCCGACAGCGGACAAACCCUCAGCGAGGACAGCGGUGUGGACAUAGCUGAGUCGGGACAUGUCAGCAAAGACAGUAGCCCCCAUUCCUCAGGCACACGCCUCCCCCGCGACACCCAGGAAGGAGGAGGAGGAGGUGACAAGCCCUCCAAACCGCCGGGCCUUUUGGAGCCCACCUCCACACUAGUGAGGGUGCCAAAGAGUGCCAGCACCCUUGGUAUCGCCGUCGAGGGCGGAGCGAACACUCGCCAGCCGCUGCCACGGAUUGUCACGAUCCAGAAGGGAGGCUCCGCCCAUAACUGCGGCCAGCUGAAGGUGGGUCAGAUAAUCCUGGAGGUAAACGGGGUUUCUCUGAGGGGCCGAGAGCACAGGGACGCCGCUCGCCUCAUCGCCGAGGCCUUCAAGACCAAAGAGAGGGACUACGUGGACUUCCUGGUGACUGAGUUUAAUGUGGCCCUAUAGCUGUGAGCAGGAGGAGAGAGGAUGAUGAUGUCGGCACCAGAGAGAAGAUGACUGAACAAUAUCCAACAUCUUGUUCAUUUGAUGGCACAAAUCGAAAAGAACCACCAACUGAUGUCUGAGCCCUUCUUCUCUUUUAUAAUCAAACCUUUAAACUCUAACUUGAAAGGCAUUAUUUCCUCGUGUUACCUCCAACUGUCAGAUCUGAUGCACUACAGUGAAAAAUAGUGAAUCUUUUCCUUUGGGUUUCUUCUCAGUGUUAAAACAUACAGACCUGCAGCAGUUUGAACUUCCCCUCGCUCUGUCCAAUGUUCAGUUUAUUUUUCAUUUAUUUCUGCUUCUGUCUGAGAGUGAACUGUACAGCUGAAACCGACUGAUGCUUGACUUUACGAGCUCGGGUUUGUACUGUAUGUAAAAAUGGACAUAUGUAGAUACAGAUGGAUAUAUGCUUCACACAUAAAAAUGCUCCUAUAUAAAUAAAAAACAUGUGUAACCUUU